CACAAAAUGUGGUUGACCGAUACGCAGAGUAUGUCUCUCAUCUUGGCAAAAAAAGGCACCACCACCGCGCCGUAUUAACGUCUUUUUGACUUUCUCUUCAUUUAGAAAUUGGUGCUGGUCUCACGGCAUUCGGCACCUUCUUCAUGCUCCUUGGCAUCAUGAUGUUGUUCGAUGCUGGCCUUAUUGCUAUCGGAAACAUCUUAUUCUUAUCGGGAAUCACAGCCAUUAUCGGACCACGUUCCACGCUGUUGUUUUUCAUGCGACGUGAGAAAAUCCGUGGUACUAUAUGUUUCCUUGGAGGAAUAUUGCUUGUCUUUUUCAAAUGGCCCUUUGUUGGAAUUGCUGUGGAGAUUUUUGGUUUCCUCAAUCUCUUUGGCGACUUCUUCCCUGUUAUAUUUGGCUUUUUGAAGAGAAUGCCCAUCAUUGGCACCAUACUGUCUCAUCCCGCUAUAUCGAGGGUUUUGCCUAGAGAGUCUCGCACUCGUGUGUAAAGGAUACGCUGUGAACAGGUUCUCAUACCGAAACAUUUGUAAAAUCUCCAUCCACCCUGCUUCGAUUAUGUUUACUUUCUAUGUUGGGUUACAAAAAGUUACGACGUCCAUUUUCAUGCAGAAACUUCAAGAAAGGAAAGUGUGAAGUGGGCGGCGACGCGCCGACGUUUAGAUAUAAUAAAAAAACAAAAGAACGAAUGAAUCAACAGCACUUUACGAUUUAAUAUACGUUAGCACCCUGCGUAAGUGUGCGUUUAUAGUGA